UACAUUCGUUAGUUUUAGCUUUAGAAUUCAUAUUCAAUUUAGAAUUAUUGGUGAAUUUAUUCUCUUGAUUCUUCUACUUGUUAAUGUGUUUUAGUAUUAAAUGAAUUUUUGGUGUGUGGAAAAGUACAUAUUAGACUUAGAUUUAAGUAGAAAAAUAUUUCAUAUAUGUAGGUGUGUCAGUAAGAGUACUUGUAGCAUGCUUUUCAUCAUUCAAUAUACUCCCUUUAAAUAAAUGAAACGCUUCUCUAUUUUAUAUGAAAGUUUUUGAGAGAAGCGUUACAUUUAUUUUAGAACGGAGGAAGUAUUCGUUUUAUGUGUUGCUGAAUAAUAUCCGAAAGGGAAACUAUUUGAACUACAAUGUUGCUGAUUUGUACUGUGUAAAUCAGACUUUCAUACAUCACAGUGACCCUGACAUAAUAUUCAGAUUUCAGACUAAUAUAUGUGUCUUAUUUUGACACUCUUGGAUAUGUGUAUGUAUCAACUAUGUAGCACAAAAAAUGGUUGGAGUUCUGGAAACGAAAAUGCGCCCUGUAUUAGAAAACCUGAGUGCCAGCCAUUUAUAGGUUUCAUUAGCACGAAAAUGGUUGGGUUUCGGAAAUUGGAAACCAAGUAACUUAAGUUAUAACCGUAUAACUCAAAGUACGAUAUGGUUUAUUAAUAUGAUGAAUAUAUUGCAUAUAUACUUAUUGAUGGAUGUAUUGAUGGAUUUGAGAUCAUAUGAAUGGUAUUAUGGUAAUGAUAUUUGCAUGAAAUAGAUAUUGUUGUCUUCUAGUUAAACCACCAAAAGAUAGUUUUCUUAAGCCUAAAAUUGUCGAAUUUUGAGGAAGAAAUGCAGCAUCCUUUGAAACACAAGUUCAUUUGGUAAACAAUUUAAUUGAAAAUCUCUAUUUUCUUGGCCUCCACAACCUUUCUUCUCUUUAUAAAACUAGCAUUAUUUAUGAACAAAAGUGUGAUGAUCUAUGGGUAAGAAAAUACUAGAAAAAUACAAAGUUCCGCCAUCUAAGCCAUUGGUAUGAAUUGUGUGAGGGAGGCAAAAAGAGAGCCCUUUGUGUUAAAGUGAAUCUAAUCUAAUAGCAAAUUACCUAACCUUCAUCCUCUUCACAUUUAAAUGUUUCAAUCUCUUCAUUCCCUUUUUAUCACAUCUAAAUCAUUUCUAAUCUUUUAUGGACUUAUACAUUAGUUUGUUUACUUGCCUCUAUACAUUUGUUUUCUUUAUCAUAUUUUGGUUUAAUUUCAGUUCUGGAAGUAAUUAGCUAAGAUUUAAAACCCACUUCUUAUCAGUUACCAACUUUUUCUCCACCUUUCCUUGUUUGUUUACCUUAAUUUUUCUCCUUCUAACUUUCUUAAUUCAUUCCCCCCCCUAUUGAUGAUGGGGGCUUUGCUCCGGAAUUCUUUCACCAUUGAUCCUAAAGGGCUCGAAUUGUCCCAUAAGAAUCAAAGAUUCUUGGCAAAGACCAAGAAAAAAGAUUUUAUACAUUGUCAAAGUGGAAGAAAUGUAACAAAGAGCGACAAAUUUGCACCGGUUUUGCCUGAAAGAUCAACCCCGAAGAUUCCAAGUCAUGGCACAACUAUAAUAGAUUCAAGUGGCGGCUUGGUAAUGAGCCCAAAUGGGAAGAAUUCAGGUGAUCAGAUUUUGGUAAAGGACCUGACACCGCCUUACAAUGGAGUGUCUACUACUUUAGGUCAAGUCCAAGAAGGGAUUGGGAUUGUCAAGUUCCUCAGAGAAAAGACUUUCUUUGUCACUGGUGCAACUGGGUUUUUAGCUAAAGUUCUUAUAGAAAAGAUCCUAAGGACAGUGCCUGAUGUGGGUAAGAUCUAUGUCUUAAUCAAGGCAAAUGACAAAGAAGUUGCAUUGAAGAGAUUGAAAAAUGAGAUCAUAAAUACAGAGAUUUUCAAGUGUCUCCAACAAAUCCAUGGGAAGUCAUAUGAAACCUUCAUGCUAAGCAAGCUUAUCCCAGUGGUGGGAAAUAUUUGUGAUUCUGAUCUUGGAUUAGAUGAGGCGUCGAUGAGUAUGAUUGCUCAAGAUGUAGAUGUUAUAGUAAAUUCUGCUGCCAACACAAAUUUUCAUGAAAGGUAUGAUGUCGCAAUUGAUAUCAACACCAGGGGGCCUGGCAGAGUAAUGUCCUUUGCGAAAAAGUGCAUGAAGCUUAAACUUUUCCUGCAAGUAUCCACUGCUUACGUGAAUGGACAAAGACAAGGGAGAAUUAUGGAGCGCCCAUUUAGGAUAGGAGAGAGCAUCACGAAGGAAAAUCUUGUAAAUGGGAAUCAACCAAAUUCUAGGCCUAAUUUGGAUGUUGAGGCUGAGCUGAACCUAGCUUAUAGAUCAGCAGAAGAUUUUGAGGAGAAUAAAGUCGCUCAAAAGAUGAAAGAGUUGGGUCUAGAGAGAGCAAGGAAGCAUGGUUGGCAAGAUACAUAUGUGUUCACCAAGGCUAUGGGAGAGAUGUUGUUGGGUAGUAUGAGAGGAGAUGUUCCGGUGGUCAUCCUUCGGCCUAGUGUCAUUGAAAGCACAUAUAGAGAUCCAUUCCCUGGAUGGAUUGAAGGCAAUAGGAUGAUGGAUCCAGUAGUGACAUACUAUGGAAAAGGAUUAUUGUCUGGUUUCCCAGUUGACCCAAAUGGGGUGAUUGAUGUUGUUCCUGCUGAUAUGGUGGUUAAUGCAACAUUAGCUGCAAUAGCAAAGCAUGGAAUGAGCGGGAAACCAGAAAUAAGUGUAUACCAAGUAGCUUCAUCAGUUGUAAACCCUUUGAUCUACGGAGACUUAGGCGACUUGCUUCAUCAAUACUUCACACGAUGGCCAUGCCUAGACACGCAGGGAAGACCAAUUAAUGUUGAGCCCUUUAAGUUCUAUGGAUCAAUGGAUGAUUUUUCUUCUCAUAUUUGGAGAGAGACCGUACGUUACAUCAGUUCGUCUAUGAUCCCAUCACCUAACGGAAAACAGUCGAAGAAAAUCGAAAAUAUUUGUAGGAAAGCUGUAGAACAAGCUAAGCACCUUGCCAGUGUAUAUGAACCAUAUAGCUUUUAUGGUGGAAGAUUUGAUAACAGUAGCACGAGUUCGUUGAUGGAGAGCAUGUCAGACGAGGAGAGGAGGACGUUUUAUUUCGACGUUGGGAGCAUAAACUGGACAGAUUAUAUUUGCAGUAUCCACAUUCCAGGUCUAAGGAGGCAUGUUAUGAAGGGAAGAGGGCAGAGUGCAGAGCAGCCAACUUAGUAGUACUAUUAAUUAUUUUUCCAUCAUUGCUUGUUAAUUAAAACCAAAUCCUUUUGUGUUAAUUUUCAAAAAUAAAGUUAAUCUACAGCCUAUUGUUACAACAGUUUCAUGGUUUAACUUCGAUUCGUCGUCGAUUUGAGGGAAUAAAUGAAAAGAAAUGAACGAUGUUGCCUUGAAUAUACAAAAUGUAAUUUUAUCAAGUAUGUAAUCACAAACUCUUCAGAGAAGGGUUUAUAACUUAUGUAUCAAGAGGAUUGUAGUCAUGUAGUAAGUUUAUAACUUGUAUUUAUAAAUUUGGCGUUGUGUUACAUUACAUCAUAUCAUAUGACAUAUUACUACAUAUGUUUCCUUUU